UCAUCUCAUUGCCUUCGACAGGGGAACUGCAAUGACAAUAAAGAAGAUGUUGGAGACAUCUAUUCCUGGGAUUGAUGUUAUUCUUGCAAAUCAUCCCCCAACCCUUCCAAAACGCCUACUUAGUAAAGUUGUGCCAGUCGUUCAAGUAGGAGUUGUUGGGAUUGUAGUGGCUGGUGAACAGAUUUUCCCUAGGCUGGGUUUUAUGACACCACCUCCUUGGUACUUCUCCUUGCGUGCAAAUAGAUUUGGAACCUUUGCAUCCACUUGGCUUCUUGGCAAUUUUGUGCAGAACUUUUUGCAGAGCUCCGGGGCUUUUGAAGUUUACUGCAAUGGUGAAUUGGUUUUCUCAAAACUGAAGGAGCAGAGGUUCCCAAGUGAAUUUGAGUUGAGGGAGCUUGUCGACCAGAAACUGGGGAAUUCAAGAAUUGUGGAUGUUGGAUCUGCCUGGUCCCAGUAGUGAACUUGGGGAAAUAAAAUUCUUACGACAAAAGUUAGUGUGGCAUGGCAUGUUCCAGAGCCAAAAUCUUACUUUUGUUGGUAAAUUUUCUAUAUGAAUCAGAUUUCCAAUUGAGUGUAUAAAAAACUUGAAGAACAGGUUGCCUAAUGCCUCAAAGGUUUAUUUCACCUCAUAUUCUCUGAUCUUGUAGUAGUUCUAUGUAGUCGAGGCCUUGAGGGUGAAAGUAGAGGCAUGUGUGGACAUUGGCUAAACAUACCUAACUGGUUCCAUUGAUAUUAAAACACGAGUUUUUUUUUUUUGGAUUUAA